AUGUCUAAACGAGUUUUAACACCUGUCCGUGGAUUAACACCUGUUCGAGUGAGAAGACGACAAAGUGAUGCUAAAUGGAGAGCCAGUGUAGCCAGUUGCUAUGACACACUAAAACUUGUUAUUCCAAAUGCAAAUAAAUUAUCUAAAAAAAAAGUUUCCAAGGCAUUGAUAUUACAAGAAACAGAACGACACAUUAACCAUUUGGAAUACACAUUAAGUCAGUUAUUUAACUUAAAAGCUCCAGAAUUGGGAAAAACAGUUUUAUGGAAAGAAGGAGAGACUUAUCACCCAGCUUCACUCAAUGACAUCAAAUCAGAUUUUGAAGAAAAACAGUCUGAAAUUUUUUCACAAUCAUCACAUGGUAGAAGAAGAUAUCAUUUAUUAUCUGAUAUAGAGGGACAGUUAGUAGACAUGACUGUUAAUUUUGAAAAACUGUCAAUUGUCACUAGAAUUGGUAAUAUGGUUCUACAAGCUAAUAGAAAUAAUAUCCAAAAGGGUUUACCUUCUACUACUGUCAAUAAUGUCAACAAAAAUAGAACAUACUAUUCUCAUGGUUUACUAGAUGGUCAUAUUAUUCCUCUUGCUGGUGAUACUAAAAAGGUUGAAAUGUUGAUGGUACAGAAUAUAGACGAUGAAGAUGAUGUACACACUGUUCCCAUACAACUAACUCCAGAAAAAUCACAUCCAGCUUUGAAUAACAGUUCUGAUCCUUCUAUGGCUGCUCUAUCCGAUCCCUAUCUUAACUCACCAUUGUAUAUAUCAGAAACAGAUGUUUUAUUAGCUUCACCUAAAUUAGCUAAAGUCACCAAACAGUUGAAUUUUUCGUCAUCUUUUGAAAGUUCAACAGAUUUCUUAGAGGAAUCAGCUACACCCAUGAAAACAGCUUCAUUUAGUUUAGGAUUUACUCCAGUUAAACUUCCCUCAGAGUCUGAAGAAGAAGAGGAAAAUGAAAGGGAGACUGAAGAAGAUCACAGUCAAGCAGAGAUUAAAGAAGAAGAUAAUUUAAUAUGUCUUGAAACAUUUGAUACUGAUGAUAGUUGUGAUGUACAGACUGAAAAGACUCCAGAUAAUAGAGAAUCUAUUUUAGAAUCCAGUUUGUUUCAUGAUUCACCUCAAAAACUAUCCUGCAAGAGAAAACUUAAUUUAGAUAGAGAGUUACCAAGACAUAGACGAGAAGAAGGUUAUGUUCCAAAGUGCAGAAGACGCCUUGAAUCGAUGUUUUCUGAUCAGCCAGCUGAAAGUAGUAGUAAGAGAAAUAAUAAUCUACCUAUUAUAAAUGGUGUUUUUGAUAAAGAUGCUGAUUGUUCUGAUUUUGAUGGAUAUUUUUUAUUCUACCACCAAAUGGCAAGUCAACUGGAAGGCUUUAUGUCAAGAAGUGAAAUUGCAUCACCAUCAGUAGCUUCUAUGGUUUCAGGUUUGUGGAAUACCAUGCCUAAAGAAGAUAAAGAUACAUUAGCCACCUUAGCUCAAUUACAGACACCAGUAGAAACAAUAUCUAGUCAGUCUAGUCUUAGUGAUGAUCUUCAAGAAUUAGACGUCAAACCCUUCAACAAUCAUAAGAAUAAAGAAGAGGAAGAAGAAGAAGAAAAUAAGAAAAGAUUAUUGAAAGAUUGUGGACUACAUAUGGUACCAGAUGACAUGGAUCUAGGAGUUUCUUUGCUACCAGAUUCAGAUUUCUAUACCUUCACUAGAAACACUAAAUCUAAGGAGACAAAUGAUUUAUUACAAGAACAAGGUUUUGAAAUAAUAGAUGAUUUCCAGGUGGUUCCAGAAUUAUGAAAAGAUAAUGACCAUGUUCUUGUGCAAUUCAUCAUAAGUGGUAGUCAUU